AUGGAGCUACAAACACAGCAAGGACCGGCGCCCCGGCAGUACGAUGUGCUGAAGCAGCGUCUGGAUCUGGAUAUCGACUUUCCGACUCGCUCGCUGAAGGGAAGCGCUGAAAUCACCAUUCAGCCUCUGGCCAAGGACCUGUGCUCGGUACAGCUGCACUGCCGACAAUGCAAGCCCACUCAGAUCCAUGCGGGAGGCAUAGCAGCCAGUUGGGAGUACGAUGAGCCGUACCGGCGGUCGCAGAUGUCUGCCAAGUCUACUGUGUACCAACACGGCAUGCUGAAGUCGAGGAUCGGAGACUCGUUACGACCAGCGCCCGCGCCCCAACUCACCAUCAACUUACCCGCCAAGCUGAAGAUCCAAGAACUGCACGUCGAUCCGGCCACCUCGCUACCUCUGUAUAAUGGCACUCCGAGUCUGCAGAAGCAAGAGAACGAUGCGAUGGCAAUUGCAGAAACGCCGGUGGCUGAGAAGAUGCAGCAGCAGAUGCCCCAAUUUGCGCCCCUGAAAUUGACGAUCGAGUUCGAGGUUGCCAGCUUCAGGGAUGGCAUACACUGGGUUGGAUGCAUGGAUGGCGACAAGCGUUUUCCAUACAUGUACACCAAACUUGACCCUUUCCCAGGCGCUGCAUCCAGCAUUUUUCCGUGCUUGGACGACGCAACAUCUCGUUGCAGCUGGGAGAUCGCCAUCAGAUGUCCUCGCACUCUCGGGGAUGCUUUCAAGAAGCCAACGUCUGCCGCUGUUCCUGCGGAUCACCAAGCUGACAUCGCGCCUGAUGGUGACGUAGAGAUGGUGAACGGCACUGACGCGACUGCCAAAUCCAAGCCCCAAGAAGCUCGGACGCCGGUCGAAUAUCUGACUGUCCUGAGCGAUGACGAGGCCGCACUCGAGCUUGCAGUGCUUUGUGUUGGUCAGCAAGUCGACGAUGUUGCAGACACCGAGGAUGACACACGGCAUACUGUCAGCUUCAGCCUCGAUAACACCAUCGCUGCCCGGCACAUAGGCUUUGCAAUCGGCCCUUUUGAGCAUGUAGACCUCACGGCAACUCGUGCCAACGAGGAAGAAUCCAAACUUGGUGCGAAUGCGGUCAAAGUUGACGCAUAUUGCUUGCCUGGUCAGACCGAUGAGCUGGACAACACAUGCUUUCCGAUGUGCCAAGCGUUGGACUUCAUAAGCGUCAACUUUGGCAGAUAUCCAUAUCCUAACUACCAGAUGCUUUUCGUCGACGAUCUCGUACACGACACCACAGCCGCUGCUGGGCUAUCGAUCUGCAGCAAACGUCUGCUGUUUCCGGAAAGCAUCAUCGAGCCCAUUCAUAGGAACACGAGUAUCCUAGUUCGUGCGGUUGCUGAGCAAUGGAGCGGUGUCAAUAUCAUCCCGAAGGAGCCCACUGAUUCAUGGACUAUUGCAGGUAUCGCGGGAUACGUGACUGAUGUCUUCAUGAAGAAGCUAUCGGGGAACAACCAGUACCGUUGGGAACAGCGGCAAGCAUCUGAGAAGGUAUACGAGUUGGAUGUCGACAGACCCUCGAUGCACCAACUCGGAAAUCUCAUGCACUUGGACCAAUCGAUUCGAGACUUUAUCGAUCUCAAGUCCGCACUGAUCCUCGGGAUCCUCGACCGCCGACUUAUGAAGACGAGUGGGUCGACUGGAGUGACGCGCAUUAUCAAUAAAAUAUUCUUGAACGCAACAACAGGAAGUUUGGACAAUGGAGAACUCUCCACGUCCGAUUUUCAGCGGACUUGCGAGAAGCUUGGACACAACAAGCUAGAAUCGUUCUUUCGUCAAUGGGUGUUUGGAGCAGGCUGUCCCAUCUUCCAAUGCCAACAGCGCUUCAACAAGAAGAAGUUGGUUGUAGAAAUGACCAUCACGCAGCGACAGCUCGAGCGCCAAACCAAGCCACCCUUUGAGCCCAGCAACUUCAUGAGAGAAGUGAAGGAGCACGUUCAAGAAGUAUGGGCACCCGAGCCACAGACUGUUUUCACGGGACCCAUGACGAUUCGAAUUCACGAAGCGGAUGGAACGCCUUACGAGCACAUUGUCGAAAUCAAAGAGCCGGUGACGAAGCUCGAGAUUCCUUACAACACGAAGUACAAGCGUCUCAAGCGAUCUAAACGCCAGCGCGAGCGUGCUAUGGCCGAAGGGAAUGCAAAUGGCGAAGAUGGGGAGCCGAACUUCCUUGUGUGUCUGGGUGACAUUCUUGAUUCUUCUGAGGAGAUGAAAGAGUGGAACCUUGAGGACUGGUCCAAGGAAGACGAGGACAGAAUGAGCCAAGAAAGCUACGAAUGGAUUCGCAUGGACGCGGAUUUCGAAUGGAUUGGCAAGAUCCAUUUCGUCAUGCCGCUGUACAUGUAUGUCUCCCAGCUGCAGCAGGAUCGAGACAUUGUGGCACAGUACGAAUCGAUGAAAUACCUUCUCGCGGCAAAUCCCCAUCACGUCUCGCUGUCUAUCCUUGUACGGACUUUGAUGGAUGAACGCUACUUCUAUGGCAUUCGAGUGAUGGCUGCAGAAGGCAUCGCCAUGUUAGCCAAGGACAAACUACUCGACGUUGGCCAGUCACUUUUGAGGAAGGCUUUCCAGGAGAUGUUCUGCGAAGGAGAUCUCAUGCGACCAAACGACUUUACAAACCGGGUUACAUUCAUCAUGCAGUGUGCCAUUCCGCGUGCCAUGUCGCAGUUGCGGGAUGCCGAUGGCAAAGUCCCGAUGGAAGUGAGACAGUUCUUCGUCGACAGGCUGCGAUACAACGAGAAUUCUGACAAUCUAUACUCUGACUGUCACUACAUUGCCACUCUGAUGGAGUGUUUAGCGGACUCUUUGGUCAUUUCGCACCGUUUGAUCAAGCCGCCGGAGCCCACAUAUCAAUUCAAUUUUGGUGAAGAAGAGCCCGAGGAACCCGAGGAGCCUUACAACCCAGACGCGGAUUUUGAAGAGAACGCAGUAAGCGAGAUCGAACGAUACCGACGCAUUGACGAGUGGGAGUCAACUUAUCACAACAUCUAUUCAACAACGGCCAUCGAAUGCUUGCAAAAGCUUGUGAAAGCCGAUAUCGUUAGCAACAAGACGAAGGAGCUCUUCCAGUACACGCGCGUCAGCACCGCGGACAAUGUGCGCCUGCAGGCAUUCAAGUGCAUGAAUGAGCUUGGGUUGACGAGAAGGAUGACGAUGACGAAGCAUCUGCUGUACUCACUCGCUGACGACCGCUCCCCAUACUUCCGUGAUAGGAUGCUUCGGCUGCUUGGCGAGGCGCUUGGCCAUAUUGCACUCGGGGAAGAUGAAGUAGCGAAAGUUGAAGCCGCACCUGCACCGACUGAUGGUCUGGUACUGGAGCAGGAAGCUACCAACGAAACGCGCCGUAUCGAAGCAACGCGAAAGCUCACGCCUGAAGGUGCGCUGGCAGCACUCAAGGUGACAUUGCAAAAUGAAGACACUUUCAAGCAAUCGCUCUGGUACGCAGCUACAUCUCCAGACAUUGCUCUUGACGAGAUUGGUGCCUUCUGCGACAUUGCAGCCCUGGUGUAUGAGCCCAUCACUUCACACACGGUCAUUUUGAAAUUGCCUCGACCAUACCGAUGCGUUCAUGAGGGCAAUUGUAGAAUGCGCUUCUAUCAACACGGUGCAUAUAGGAUCGCGCCUAGCAAGAGCCCUGGCCUUGCUUGGGAUGACUACAGACUACUCGAAGAACAUGGAUUGCGUUACAGCGGUCCACUCGCACAGGAGACGCAUAAGCAACUCAGGCAACGAGACAAACAGCACGCGCAAAGGGAGCAAAACGAGGGUUUCAAGCUCCGUAUUCAGACAGCCAAUGGCGCUAUCGACAAGAGUAUGCCGCCACCAGCGCCUGUAGCAGUCACCCCCACCGGAGAGAGAUCGGGUUUCAAGCUAAACCUUGGAGCUGGCAAGAAGCGGGCUAGUGGUGCUGGACUGCUCCGUGAGGGCAGCGCAAAGGUACCAAAGUUGUCAAAACCUUCCACGCCAAGCGGUCUUUCGAGGAAGAACUCAUUUGCAGCGCGGACCGGACCUACAGUCGUUCUCAAGCUAUCGAAGCUUUCCAAGACCGGCUUCAUGCGUGCCCAGGAGAUUUUGGGUUCGCCUCCGCAACCUGGACGUGGCCUGGCCGGUCGAUCACCCAGCAUAGCAAUGCAGAAAUCCCGCGCUGGAACGCCGAAUAUGCCACAGCAGCCAUCCACGUUUGCCCAUCCUUCCAUGCUCAACUCUCCAAGUGGUGGUGGCUCAGGGUCUCCGCCUUCCAGCUUUAGUGCUCCCAUGCCUGUCAAUCUGAACGUCGGCGGAUUCCGAUCAUUUGGAGGGGCUCCAGAUGCCAUUGCGAAUACUUCAUUCACAGCCUCGCCUUCCGCAGACACCCCGAAGGCCGAAAGCGCGAGUCCUGUGGGCGUCAACGGGUCGUCCAAAUCUCCUCCGGCUCUUACCAGUCUGACAAGUCUGACUAGCAUGUCGCCGCCUGCGGUUGGCAAUGGAGGCAUGGCACCUCCGCCAUCAAAGAAGAAGAUCACACUGAAGUUGGGAAAGAACACUGCGUCAGGCAGUGGUAGUCAUCCAGGCCCGAAGGAGAAUGGCUCGCAAAACCAUAUGUCUUCCUAG